AAUUUAUAUAUAAGUAGGUAUAUUUAAUUAAUAUUUACUUUUAAGGUUCGACCUCGGUUCAACCCCGGUUCGACCUUUAAACCUUAAACCAGUGCCUCGACCGGUUCGAUGGCCGGUCCGGUUUUCAGAACAUUGGUGACAGACACAAUAGCCUCCUAACAAGGCCCACGGCCCAACAGACAACCGGCAAAGACAAAUCUGGCUCAGCAGGCAGCCACCUCCCUCGAUUCCUCUUCCGACGCGACGCCAAUUAUCUGCAGCGGAAUCAGACGAUGUCAACAACAAGGGGACACCAAGACAAAUGCGACACUCUGCAGCGGGCGCUAGAGGACUGCCACCGUCGUAUCCCCUCCGGCCUCGCUCGCGACUCCGCGUGCCGCCACAUCAACCACGCCCUCGCCAUGUGCCUCGUCUCUCUAGCCUGCCCUCACGAAAUCGAAGCUGUGCGCACCCUUUGCUCCAGCACCGGCACCUCCCUCAAGCGCCAUCAAUGCCAACAAGCUCAGCUCUCUCUCUCCCUCUGCCUCUCUUCUCUCCCCUCUCCCCCCAACAACAACAACUCAUAGCCCCUAUCCUUCACAAUAAACUUUCUGUUGUGAGGAAUUUUGAACUUACAGAUCCAACCUCCUCAUUUAAGUUUAGGUACGGCUCUCCUACAAAUAGCGGCGAGUCGUCGGUGCCCAUUAAGAAGGAAACAGAAAUGCAAGUAAUUCAUCAACAUAGGGGAAUGGCUUGC